UAAUUGAAAAUUAUUUUUUUUAAAUCACUUUUAGUAGUAUUUUCGUCAAAAUUAAUAUUUUAAGAAUUCCUGCUUUCUCUGUAACCCCAUUUUCCCCGAGGAAGCCUACUCGAUACUGUACAGUUAAUGUUAAAGAAAUAUGGCUACGGUUUUCGAAAGUUCGUUCUUAUCGAACAGAUUACAUCGUAUCGAGGAACAGUAUGAAGAAUCAGCAAAUGCUUUUGGCCGAUGUGAUUGUACCAGUUAUAGUUAUCUUGCCCUAAGCGUCAUACUGUUUACUAUUGGCACAGCUAUCACUAUUUUUGCUCUGAACGAUAACGCGGAGGGGCACAUAUUUUUGCAACUCGGUCACAUGUGGUUUAUCGGUCCGAUAUUCGUCUGUUCCGGGCUAAUGGUAGCUGUCAAGUGUAUGCUUUACCUUCGAAGAAAAUCAGUCAUACAACUGAUUUUUCGUCAACGGCAAUUGUUUAGAGAAUUAACGGGUACCCGUGGCCUGGAACACAUUAGUACGAUAUCAUCGAAUCCACCUUCUUACGAAGUAAUCGCCCGCGAAAUAUCGAACGAAUUACCUCCACCCUCUUAUGAAGAAGCAAUAACUCUUGUACACAAAAGUACAGAAAAUAAUGCCAAAUCAAAUUGUGGAACUGUUUCCUCUGAAGGUAUCUCCAUUGCCCAAAAUAUCAGGCGCAAACCUUGAAACGGAUACUGUUUUCGAUCGGAAGAUCGAUGGCCACAAAUAAUUACGAGUUAUCCUUCUGAUCCACGAAGCAUUCACUCGUGCAUCAUUUUUCUUUAUUGUAAGCACAAAACUGAUGCACGAACGAGAAUCUUUUCAAAGGCAAAGGUAAAAAUCGUAAAAUCAACACGUUCGUACUUAUUGUUAGUUCAAACAUCGAUCGAACGGGUGAAGGAUCUAUAUUUUCUGUUCCUCUUCUUUAUUUUUUCUACAAACAGAACUGGCAUUGUUUGUAGUGAUUUGAUUUUAAGAAUGUUAAUACAAACCGUACGCGAUAAUGUUUUUGUAUAAAAUAUUCACUGCCCUUGGUGAAUUAAUAAUCUAUUAAUACAGUGUAAGAAGUAAAGAUCUGACACUGCGACUGUAAUGAAUUUUCCGCACUGUAUUAGUGAUAAUUAAGAUCUAGAUAUUUUCAUAAGAAUAAUCAACUGUAUAUACACAUAAAUAUUUUUAUACGAUA